AUGUAGGAGCAGUACGAUCGGGGCUUUAGCCGUCCGAUGCGUCGCAACCAAGACCCGGCGCCAGGGAGGUGGCGGCGCUGCGAUCGCCCUCCAGAACGUCCCGGGCCCGAACCCCGCGCCGUGUGUCUCUGCCGCGCGGCGUUUCCGUGCACGUCGUCGUUCGAGCGGCGGCACAGCAGCGAGUGGGGCCGGCUCCCCGCUGCAUGAGUCGGCGGGCAUGUGAUACCUGGGGCCACACGUGAGGCCACCGUGCCAUGGGCGGGCCGCGGUUCGGCCCGCGGUUCGGCCCGCAGCUCUCCUCCCUCCCCCUGCUCAUCGUCCUGUGCUGGGCGACGCGGGGCUGCCGGGCCAACGCAGACGCCAAGCGACUCUACCACGACCUCAUCAAUGGCUACAGCUCGCUUAUUCGGCCCGUGGGCAAUAACUCGGAUCGUCUCACGGUCAAGAUGGGGCUCCGCUUGUCGCAGCUCAUCGACGUGAAUCUCAAGAACCAGAUUAUGACAACAAACGUCUGGGUAGAACAGGAGUGGAACGAUUACAAACUGCGCUGGGACCCCGAAGAGUACGGGGGUGUGUCCAAAGUCCACGUACCGGCCGAACAGAUCUGGCUGCCAGAUAUCGUACUUUACAACAAUGCGGACGGCAACUAUGAGGUGACCAUAAUGACCAAGGCAAUCCUCCACUCGGACGGCCUGGUCAUCUGGAAACCGCCAGCCAUCUACAAGAGCUCGUGCGAAAUCGACGUGCAGUACUUCCCUUUCGACGAGCAGACUUGCUUUAUGAAGUUCGGCUCGUGGACCUACGAUGGUUAUACCGUGGACCUAAAGCACAAGCACCAACGCGACGACUCCAACGAAAUCGCGGUGGGCAUCGACCUGUCCGAGUUCUACCUGAGCGUGGAGUGGGACAUCAUGGCGGUGCCCGCCCGGCGCAAGGAGAAAUUUUACUCGUGCUGCGAGGAGCCCUUCCCGGACAUCACGUUCAACAUCACGCUGCGGCGCAAAACCCUGUUCUACACCGUCAACCUGAUCAUCCCCUGCGUGGCCAUCUCCUUCCUGUCCGUCCUGGUGUUCUACCUGCCCUCGGACUCGGGCGAGAAGGUGUCCCUGUCCAUCUCAAUCAUGCUGUCUCUGGGGGUGUUCUUCCUGCUCCUGUCCGAGAUCAUCCCGCCCACGUCGCUGGCCGUGCCCCUGCUGGGGAAAUACCUGCUCUUCACCAUGGUGCUCGUCUCCCUGUCCGUGUUCGUCACCAUCGCCGUGCUCAACGUCAACUUCCGGUCGCCGGCCACCCAUAAGAUGGCGCCCUGGGUCAAGCACGUCUUCCUCCAGCUCCUCCCCGCCAUCCUCCUCAUGAAACGGCCCCAAGACGAUGAUGACGAUGACGAUGCCAGUGCCAAGGGCUUCGAUGCCACGCCGUCCGCCGACAAGCCUCCUCCGCCACAGGAGCUCGCCCUCUGCGCCUACCACGCCGAGGACAGCAGCGACGAGCCGGACGCCGCCUCGCAGGCGCCGCCGUCGCCCACGCUGCCACCGCUGCAGCUGGACCAGGACCUGGCCAGGCCCGUCUUCAACGUGCGCUUCAUCGCGCAGCACAUGGAGAACGCAGACCACUUCGACCAGAUUAACGAAGACUGGCGCUACGUGGCCAUGGUCCUGGACCGGCUCUUCCUCUGGCUCUUCACCGUAGCCUGCGUCGUGGGCUCCGCCUGCAUCAUCCUGGAGGCGCCCUCCUUGUUCGACGACAAGCUGCCCAUCGACAUCCUCAUGUCCAAGGUCGCCCCCAGGCUGCGCCGUAUCCACGACUGAAGCCGGCUUCGACGGCAGUCUCAACCGCCUGGGUCUCGUCCGGCGUGCUCACGACGGUCGCCGGCCCAGAACGACAAAUCUCACCCACACCGACAUGGACAUUAGUGCCCAGAAACGGCAGUACCGCGUAAGUUUUUUAGGGUCUCAGCUCGUUCAUCGGGGGAAGGCCUCGUUCGCGCACAGUCAACGCAGAGAGGUUGCCAUUAGGCGGGUUGUACACCAGUUACCGGAGACGACAAGAGAUAGCUUCGUACGCGUGGAUGGGGCGCCACACGAACAUGCAUCUCAGACAGCAGCGAGUUUGUCUACGUCGUGCUCCUGCGUACGUUCAAUGUCUUGGGUGAUCGAGGUACGCCCUGUGUAACGCGCGUUCCAAUACGCUUGCGCUCUCCUCGUUUCGUCAAUAAGCCUGUGAUUAUUCGAGCGUCGCUAUGAUUUUACCCUGUGCCCUCCAUAAAUACCUGCAUUGCUAAAGAGCAAGCGCCUGAAUAACGCCGUCAGUGUUGACAUUGUUCAUGCCCAGGAGUAACCCUAUUCAAGAAUCUACACGCUUCGCCUGUUCAGUGCCCAUACUCGUCGCGUGACUUAGGCUUGUGCUUAUGAGCAGUACAGGUGUUUAUUUUACGUCCUUAGCUGCAAAAAUAAAAGUAAAAGCAGAAAUGUUUUGCGCAAGUUUUGUUUCGCGCGCUUUGAUUUUGACCAAGAAGGCUUAAUGCUCAAUGAAACCUCCCCGUCUAUAGGAUGUCCAACUUUGCUCGAGAUAUUGAAAGUAUCUUGCUUUCGUAAAUAUUCAUUCGUUGUUAUCGUUGUUGUUGUUUAUGACCCACCGGAAUAUGAGCACAUGCCCCGACAUCUUUCAAACGCUCCUGAGAGUUUGUUUUGUGUAUCGUGUUUAAAUUUGUUUCCGUCCUUCCAGCCAAGCUUAACGACAAUGUUGCCAAUAAUUUCGCAUUCGCGGCGACUUUAUUCAACGCCCCUAAAUUUUUGAAGAUGCUGGAAUAAGGCGUCCACUCACAUCCCGUGCCAAUGUGAUCUCAUGUCUUCGUAAAUUUUAACUAGUAUUUGUGUAGAAAAAGGCAUUGCUAAAAAUGGAAUGCUGAAGAGUGAAAACUGGUGGCGAGUUCUUGUGAAAGUCAAAUCUGAAGUGAUGUUUGAUAAUGCUUUUUUAUUGUUACCGAUGCAUAUGUCAGAGCGCAGUGCUGUUAUGCACUAGGGUUCACUUAUAUACCAAAAGCUGUGUCUUGCUACGUCAAACCAGCGAAUGCAUUGCACUUAGAAAAAAAAGAUAAAAAAAAAAAGAUAAUGGCUUGUCUUCAACGAUAGCGAAGGGAUCGCCUUGGUCUUGUACUUGCAGUAGACUUGCCUGAAGUAAAAAAUUUUCAUCGCUGAGAUCAUUGUGGUGAAAACCCAGAGCUCUUUUUUAGGAUUCUCGGUGGUUUGUACGUGGUGUGGUUAAUUACCUACAAUGAAGUUUUAUAGUUCUAGUACAAGUCUCAGUUCAGCCGGUGAUGCCGUUUACAGACGCAGUGACACUGAAAGACAGAUGAUUUUUCAGUAACCUGAGGUAUUAAUAAAAUACGUUUAUACGA